AUGUGGGGAGCAGUUAUUGUCCUUGCUGUCCUGGGAGUCACCUCAGGUGGGGAGGCCCUGCACCUGAUCCACCUGCCCGCCACUAGCACCGUGGCAGAGAAUGCGCCACCUGCAACUUUGGUGCAUGAGUUUUCUGUGAAUUUAUCAGUGUCGUUGUCGCCUGUGAUGCCAGGAUUUCCCAUGGUUGUCAACCCAAGCCCCUUCACUGAGGCCUUCAGGGUGAACAGACUAUCGGGGACCGACUUCGAGGUUGUCACCACUGGGAAGGAACAACUAGAUUUCGAAACAGGACCCAAAGUAUUCGAUUUGCAGAUUUAUGUGAAGGAUGAUGUGGGUGUCACAGACUUGCAGGUCCUGACCGUCCAGGUGACAGAUGUGAACGAACCGCCUCAGUUUCAAGGCAACUUGGCGCAAGGUUUAAACCUCUAUGUAAUAGAAAGAACAAAUCCUGGAUUCAUCUACCAGGUGGAGGCCUUUGACCCAGAGGACACAAGCCAGAACAUACCCCUCAGUUAUUUCCUCAUCUCUCCUUCAAAAAACUUCAGGGUGUCUGCGGACGGCACCCUCUUCUCUACCACAGAACUGGACUUUGAAGCAGGACACAAGAGCUUCAGUCUCCUUGUGGGAGUGAGAGACAGCGGGAACCUGACCGCCUCCACAGCGCUCCGGGUGACCAUUGUGAACAUCAACGACGAGAUCCCACGCUUUACCAGCCCGAGGAGAGAGUACUCCAUCCCAGAGGAAGUGCGUCCAGGAACCAUCGUGGCAAACAUCACGGCAGAGGAUCCCGAUGACGAGGGCGUUCCUGGCCACCUCCUCUACAGCAUCACUACCAUCAGCAGCUACUUUGUCAUAGACCAGCUGACUGGGACAAUCCAAGUGGCCCAAAGGCUAGAUCAAGAUGCAGGUGAACUGAGACAGAAUCCCAUCGUUUCUCUGGAGGUUCUGGUGAGGGACAGACCCUCUGGGGGUCAGGAGAACCGUAUCCAGAUAACCUUCACUGUGGAAGACAUCAAUGACAACCCCGCAACCUGCAGCAAGCUCACCUUCAGCAUUAUGUUGACGGAAAACACAGCCAACGGGACUUUGCUCUUGGACCUGAACAAGUUCUGCUUUGAUGACGACAGUGAAGCUCCGAACAACAAAUUCAACUUCACCACGCCAUCUGGAGCAGGGAGCAGCGGCAGAUUCUCACAGCGUCCAGCUGGCUCCGGGAGAAUUGUGUUAACUGCUGAUCUAGAUUGUGAAAACCCGAGCAACAUAGCAGCUGGCAAUGCAUACAAGGUGAUAAUCCAGGUGCAGGAUGUCGCCCCUCCGUACUAUAAAAAUAACAUCUACAUUUUCAUUCUAACAAGCCCAGAAAAUGAAUUUCCUCUCACCUUUGAUAGACCAUCAUAUGUGUUUGAUGUGUUGGAAACAAGACCAGCUAGAACCUCCGUUGGGCGCGUGCGAGCGACUGACGCAGACUUCCCCCAAAGGAGCGUGGUGUAUUCCAUAUCCAGCGGAGGGGCCAGCCUCCGGCACCCAAACAUAUUUUGGAUUAAUCCCAAGACAGGAGAAAUCCAGCUAGUAACUAAAGCUGACCACGAAACCACUGCCGUCUACACUCUCACAGUCGAGGCCGCCAACGGCGAGGACACAAGCUCAGCCACUGUUACCGUAAACAUCCUUGGAGAAAAUGAUGAAAAGCCAAUAUGUACCCCCAAUUUUUACUUCAUGGCCAUCCCAGUGGAUCUGAAAGUUGGCACAAACAUUCAGAAUUUCAAGUUGACGUGUACCGACCUGGAUUCGAGCCCCAGAUCUUUCCGAUACUCCAUUGGCUCAGGCAACGUCAACAGCCAUUUCACCCUCUCUCCCAAUGCUGGCUCAAACAUCACACGCCUGCUGCUGGCGUCCCCCUUCAACUAUGCUGGUGGCCUCGAUGAGAUCUGGGACUACAGGCUGCUCAUCUACAUUACUGAUGACAACUUGCUGUCUGGCAGGACAAAAGCCAAGGCUCUUGUCGAAACAGGGACAGUGACUCUCAGUGUUAAAGUCACUCCUCACCCGACCUCGAUUGUCACCACAGUACCCAGGCCCAGGAUCACCUACCAGAUCCUCAGGGAAAACACAUACUCUUCAUCAGCAUGGUACGUGCCAUUCAUCAUCACUCUGGGCACCGUGGUGCUUGUGGGGCUGCUGGGGUCCCUGAUGGUCCUGUUGGCCAAAGCCGUCUACAGACAUUGCUCCUCCAUGACCAGGAAGGACAAGAAACACCUGACAAAGAAGGAAGACAGGAAGACUGUGAAGAGGGAGGCCGUGGUGCAAUCUGUCCAGAUGAAUACUGUCUUUGAUGGAGAAGCCACAGAUCCAGUGACUGGGGAAAUCUAUGAAUUCAACUCAAAAACUGGCGCCAGGAGGUGGAAAGGCCCAUUAACCCAACUGCCCAACUGGCCGGAGCCCGGUCCCCAGCCCGGAGGCACAGUUGCAGGAGGGCAAUGACAGGUUCGUGUCUACCUGUGCCCUUCGGUUGAGAGUGCUGACCUGUGCAGGCCAAGUCGCCCCUAUGUGCUCGGUGCAAUGGCUGCCAGGACAUCCUUUCAGCUCAGCCUCACAGUGUGUUACACCCGUCCUUGUGUUCACUGAUGCUCAACGCUGUACACGUUUGUGAGAGACCAAGAGUGGUUUUUGAAAGACACAGAUGGACACAGUGAGCCAGUCAUUUGGGAAGAAGGAAUACAACGUCGUUCUUUUAUUUUACUUUAAUUUUAUUUAGAUGAGUCUUGCAUUUGACAAACCAUGCAGAUCUGAGGAGCUGCUCACCCUGUUAAUAUAAAGGCUUCUCCCAGAGACAAUUA